ACAUAAUCUUUCCCACGAGUCGUAGCAUGCGCUAAUUUUCUUAAAAGUGACACUUUCAAGACAAAGUACAGAAGCGAACGGACGUGGCGGACUUACUUUUAGUUAGAAUGGAGAGUUCAGAAAAGACCUCAAAUUCCGAUGUGUCGUCUACAGCAUCGGAAACACGAAAAAAUUCCAAGCCAGUAAUGGAGAAGAAAAGGCGAGCGCGUAUAAACGCAAGCUUAGCUGAAUUGAAGUCGCUGCUACUGGACGUUAUGAAGUCAGAGGGUACCCGUCAAAACAAAAUGGAGAAAGCUGAUAUUUUGGAGAUGACAGUUCGCCAUCUUCGACAAUUGCAAAGACAACAAUUUUCUGCUUUGAGUGCUUCAGACCCUGCAAUUAUCAAUAAAUACCGACUGGGAUUUAAUGAGUGUGCCAACGAAGUCAGUAAAUAUCUCACAAACAUGGACGGACUGAACACUGAAUUCCGAGCCCGACUUUUAAAUCACUUGGCAAAUGUGACUGUGAACAUUGAGCAACCGGAAGUCACCAGAGAGACCCAAUCCCAAUCUCCUCCAAUAACUGGAACUCCUUACGCCCCAUCCAAAUCUCCUCCAGUUAGCAGAAGUUCAUACGCUCCAUAUCCUAAAUUUAAUUCAAAUAAUGCAAACGUCCUUCAACCGAACUCAGGACAGGUUCUCAAGGUCAACGGAAAUACUAUUUCUAUGCCAACUAAUGUAUCCACUGAAGUUCUACACAAUGUACAAAAUUUGGAGAAGCUUGGGAAUAUAACACCACAUAAAUCUGAAAAUGCAAAGUGUAGUGAAAAUACCCCUUCAAAGAUGGUUCAUGGUGUCCAAACAUUUUCAUCUCAGAUGCCUUCAGGAGAGGUUGCAUUCAUCAUCCCAGCGGCCAAUAUGGUACAAUACGGAACAAUACCAAAUUAUGUGAUUCCCGUCUUACAACCCCAGAGUACCAUUCAGAUCAGUAGCCAGUCGUCCAGCAAUGUGAUACAAGCUCAGCAAACAGUACCUAUAGCGUACUCAGCUGCCACAUCACACAGUGUUGUUCCGUCAGUUUUUCCAAAUACAACUUUUGUUAAUUCUUCACUAAACACACUGAAUUUGCCAAUUAGUUUAGUUUCUUCUGGAAAUGGAACCAUUGCGGUACAGCGUGAACAAUCGCCGCAAUUUGCGGCUUUUCCUGUAAACAAUGUCAAUGUCUUAAGUAACCAAAUUCAAAAGAUUAAUUUUCCUUCAGAAAACAACUCGUAUAAGACAAAUGUAGAGGAGGGCUCCUCUUUUGGACAACGUGGAAUUGUGUCCCCUGUGGAAUCGCACCUAAUAGAUGAACAGAACGAAAAAGUAGAUCCCAUGUGGAGACCAUGGUAAAAUGUUGGUUUACAGACAAUUUGGAAUUACGCCAUUAGGACGACCAGAUAUACUUAUCAGUUACAUCGAUCCAUAUAUUGUACCGGUUAAUACUUGCAGGUGUAUUGUUGCGCUUUUAUACACACAAAUAAUAAAAUACAAACAUGCGUUGACAGUAUGAAAUACCAUCCAUUGUAUUAGAUAAACUGGAUAGACAAAAGAAAAAAUGUUCCAAGUUAUGAUAAAAAUUCCUAGUUUGAACUGUUUACUGUGAUAUACUGCGCUUAUAAUUGUUUUGUGCCACAUGAAUAUAUAUAUAUACACUUUUAUUUAUCAUGUACAUGUUUUGAAUUUGCCGGAUUAAUAAAUGUACUGUUAAAUGCAUUCAAUAAAAGCAUCUAAAAAUC